CGUGUGGCAACGCGAGGAGACCGAAAAGCGACACAUUUGACAGACAACGUCUGCCACUGCCGCUGCUGCCGUCGACGCAGCGCCCCACGCACCGAUGUCAAUAGGACAGCAGUAGAGGAGAGACAAACAAUUCCAAUCAACAACAAAAACAACAUUUUGCUACGCAAUUGGCCAGCGGUGGGCCCCAUCCACAGACGCAUAUACAUACGAGCGCGCGCGCCUACAUAUACAAUAACCCGCAAUCACACACAUACAGACACACGCACACACACUCGCAAAGGCAUACGUAAACACGCCAAACGAUGACAAGUCAUCAUCAAGGCGGCAACUUUCAGGCCAGAGCGCCGCCAAUUGUGAAAAAUCUUUCACUAGCCGCAGCAGCUGUGCCUCUGCCCCUACCCUUACCUCUGUCCCUGCCCAUGUCGAUGUCCUCGUCAUCAGUGCACAAUCACAAUACAAACACAACAUCGCCUUUGUACUUCACACACGUUCUGCCGCCCACCACGGCAAUUGUGGAGCAUCAGCAUCCGUACAGCUCCGAACUGGAUGGCACGGAGCACAUAGGAGGCGCUGGAGACAACGAGAGUUUUCUAAUUGAGGAGAUUAUAGAUGAUUAUGAUGAUGAUGCCAACAUUGUCGUGGAUGCAGGCGAAUUUCUCAUAUCUGGCGAUGUCUACGAAUACUAUCCGGUGGAUCGUAUGGAUAGGCUGGCCACCUCGGUGGGCAUGGCCACAGCAGAUGCGCUCCCACCCUCAAUUAUUAUGCAGCAGCAGGAGCAGGAUAGCACCGAUGAGGAUGAUGCACAACAAAUGGAUGGGGAGAUGCGUUUGUCAUCGGGCGACGAAGACGAGGACGAGUCGCCGAGCAUGCAACGUGAUGCAAAUGCCUUUGAGAUUGCCUCCGAAAUGUUAACCACAAUCGAGUCAACAGCAGCGACCAUCAAGGAGGAGCAGCUAGAGAACGACUACUAUAUGAAGUCGACGGAUGAUUCCAAUAGCUGUCACGUCCAGGACUUUAAGCCUUUCGGCAGACCGCAACGCAGCAGCAACCUCAGCAACCAAAACAACAUCAGCAAUGGCAACGGCCAUGGCCACGGCACGGGCAAGCGGUGGAAGCAAACCAAAGUGCCCAUACGGAUCACACAGGAUCAGUUCAAUGUAACGCUCUGGUCGUCACUCAACUCGGAGGACGAGGACGAAGAGGAACUGGACCUGGAUGACCAGCACACAGAUCAGCAAUUAGCACCGCAGCCAGCCGGCAGUACAACAAACAGAACAAACGACAUGUCAAAGCUGAUCAUUGAUGAGCAUAUGAUGCAUCAUGAUGUGCUCAGCGAUGGCAUUGGCAACGAGUAUGUCAUAUUGCCGGAUCCGUUUAGUGCGGACGCCGUCACCGAUGUCGAGGAGGUGGUGAAUGCAAUUAUGGCCGAUGGCGAUGGCGCUGCCGAUGAAGUUAAGGAGCACGAGGAGGAGGAGGAGGAGGAUAGCCAAUCGCUUAGCGAGCAAUAUCAGCUGGAUGAGGCAUAUGGCAGCAUUGAGUUAAUUGAGAAUAUGCCACAACCUGUUGGACUAAUGCCGGCUGCGCCCGAAAACACGCCUGCCCAUGCCACAACAGCAAUUGCACCAGCAGCAGCAGCAGCAAAAACGCUGCCCAAGCUGGUCCUGCAGAACAGCAGCACGAAUGUGCGACUGAAAGCAAGCAACAACAAUGUCAACAAUAAGGCGAGCAAGCGUCAAUUAACCACACAACCUCCGCCUCUGGUGCCGGCGGCCAGCAACGGCGGCGCUCAGCCACAGCCACAGCAACAACAACAAAUGCAUCAGCGUGGCAAUCAGACGACAGCAGCCACAAUGACAGCAGUGCCUGCGGCGGAGGAAGAUGAGGAGCCCAAGUUUCGGUGCACGCAUCGCGGCUGCAACAAGGAAUUCCGAAAUCACUCCGCCAUGCGCAAACACAUGCAUACGCACGGUCCGCGCGGCCAUGUGUGCAAUGUCUGUGGCAAGAGUUUCGUGGAGAGCUCCAAGCUGAAGCGCCACCAGCUGGUGCACACCGGCGAGAAGCCGUUCGAGUGCACCUUCGAGGGCUGUGGCAAACGCUUCUCGCUGGAUUUCAAUUUGCGUACACAUGUGCGCAUACACACGGGAGAUCGGCCAUAUCAUUGUCCCAUCGAUGGCUGCUCCAAGUGCUUCGCCCAGUCCACCAAUCUCAAGUCGCACAUGUUGACGCACACGAAGCCGAAGCGCAAGUGGCCACGUGCUCCGCAGGUGAGCAGCAAAUCGCCGCUGGUCGCGCGCUAUGGACGCCUGGAGUUUGGCGAGGAUCCGACGCUGGUGUACGUGGAGCCCAAUGAGGAGCUGGCGUCGGUAUUGCUGGACAGCACGUCGACACCGUCCUAACAAGCGUUGCCGAUGGCUGUUGUGAUCUGAAUCUGAAACGAGCGCAUUGAAGAGAAGCAUCUUCUGUCUGUACAGUUAGUCGUAAGAGCCGUAGUUAUCUAAGCGGGCGUUGGCGCAGAAAGUGUCCAGGGUGGAGCACAUGGUGCUGGCUGCCCUGUGCUCAACUGUUGCCGCUGCUGCUCCUGGCUGCUACUGCUGCUGCUGAGCCCACAACAAAUUAGCUGCUAAGUUUUAAUGGUAAUGCGAUUUAUAGGUUUGAAAUUGAAUUGAUUGGAAUGCCCGGCACGAUGGUCAACAAAGUUGUAGAACUUAGUUUUUCUAUACCUUAAGUAUAAAGUAUGUCAACGCCCACGACUCCUCCUCCUCCUUCUCCUCCUCCUCCUUCUCCUCCAGUGUCCUCCACUUCUCCCUUUUCUUUCCCUUGGCAUGUACGCCUCCGCUUUUAGCGUUUUGAUUCUAAAACUUAAUUGAUAAAUGCGCGCGGCCACUCGAAUAACAAAAGGCAGCACAAUUUUUUCUAUUAAAUCUUACAAAUACAAUUACUAUUUAAUACACACACAUAAGCAUCUAAUAACAAUAGGCUAUAUAUUUUUGUAAUGAAAUUGUAACAAUUUAGUGCAUUGAAGUGCGAAAGUAAAGUAUAUAUAAAAA